UUUAUGUUUUUUUUUUCUUUAAAUUUAGCAUCUACUUCAUCUAGGCAACGGGCAAUUCAUGGUCAGUCUGUCUAUGAAUAUCACACAAUGUCUAUGACAAUGAUAAACGUCAAACAUGGAUUAGUAUGAUUAUGAAUGAAUAGUAUGUCUAUUUAAUAAAUAAUUAAUACCCGUAUGUAAGUAUGUAGUGUAGUGAUGUAGUUUAGAACAUGUAAUAUUAAUUAAUAUUAAUAUAGUAUAGUUAAAAGUGAUUGAUACUAAUUGAUAGACAUCGCAUCACUACUCACAGUCAUAGUCAUAGUAUUAUUAUUAUAACUUAGACUUAGUCUUUUAGUUAGUAUAAGAAUUAUUAGCAAAUUAGUAUUUAUGAUUUAUGUAAAAAAAAAUUUUUAAGAAACAUUUAAAGACAUUUUUCUUUAACUUUAAAAAGUAAAAGAUUUUAGGACAUUAAAGCACUGUGAGCAUGCAAAAAUGAACUGCUCAUUUCUGCCAAAGACAAUCAGGGACUAGAACAAGCUUUCUAAAGAAACAGUUGAGGCGCAACACUUGACACAUUUGUGUCUAUUGCCUCAGGCCUUCCAACCCCCAGUACAUGAUACCCUCACAAAGUAGCCCUUGCAACCAGUGAAAUAUCCUCAUCAACACCGGCACAAAAACAUUGCAAAUCCCCUCUUCAUGCAUUGGAGUAGGAGCCAAAAUUAUCAAUAAAUUCAAGGGUUAUGCAGACCUGUUUACCCCCAAACUCUUAAAAUCGUACAAUAUCUUCACAAAAUCGUUCAAUACAUUAUCUUAAUAGUAAAAAAGAAAGAUACAGUAUAAUAUAAUGUAUACACCUCAAAAUCAUACAUUGUACGCCAAAAUCGUAAGAGUAAAGAGGUCUGGUUAUGUUAUUGGCAUUGGUGUCUACCAAUACCAUCUUUUCCAGCUAGCUAUUAUCUCCUAGAUGUAUAUUGGCCUGUGUUGUUAAUGGUUGCAAGGGAUGAAAGACUUUGGGUUUGCUCGUAUGUAGUUUUGUAAUGUUGCGUUUUGUAUUCCACAAUGUGGUAAAAUGUAGAUUGUUUCAUUUCUCUUUUAAUAUGGUUGACUUUGUACAGCGCUUUGAGUCUUUAGGGAUGAAGCGUGAUUUUCAAAUAAACUUUAUUAUUAUUAUUAUAUUAAAAGUAAAGUAUGCAAUCAUCAUCAUCAAUUAGGAUAGGCUGUUUAAAGUUUAAAUCAAGUAUAAUAUACAAUACAAUACAACCUUUUUUUUUUUUUACUAUAAUGAUGGAAUUUAAUUUUACUCUCAGUCUGUGUCAAAAUAUGAGACUACCCUUAAAUAUUAGUAUGUAGUAUUGAUUAGUCAUUAGUAAAAUUCAUUCAUUAAAUUAUAAAUUAUUAAUUAUGAUAAUAUAUAACCUCUGUAAGACUUUAUUAAGAAGACUAGUUAUAUAGUAUAGCAUAGACUGAUUAUAAUUAUAGUAAUAAUAAUUAAAAUAUUAUAAUAACUGUAUAUAAAAAAUAAUAUAAAUAUAAGAUUAAGAUAUCCUAAAUUAAAACUAAAUGUGAAACUGAUAUGCUUAUAAUUUAAAGUAUAAUACUAUUAAUAUUUAUUAUUAUACCGGGUAAUUAGUAAUAUAGACUUUAGAAACACAUUACAAAAAAUAGCAAUAUUUAUAUAUUUUAACUUAAAGUGACACUGUCACUACUCCCCACUUAUUUACCAUUUGUUGACAUUGUUGUAAUAAGUACCAGUGCUCCAGAGUCAAGAGUAAAUAGACUUAUAGUAAUAAUGUUAUAAUUAUUUAUUAUUAUUAAUUAUAGGCCUAGGCUAGGGUGACCAAACGUCCAGUAAAAAUGGGAUUGUCCCAUUUUUUCAUUGUACACGAACAAGUCUCUCGGAACGUCUAAAUGCCCUGUUUCUAAAACCAAACACAUUUUCAAAUCACUAAACCUUCAUAAUUUAUAAUAUAACUUCAAGUAAUAUUUGGGCCAGCUGUGUAGCCAGUGCCAGCUGAGUAGUGAUGUGGGCUCGCGUGAUUCAACUGUUCCCCCUCCACUGCUCUGCCGAUGCUGCGAUCCCUGCCCAUAAUGGUAAAACUGAAAGAAUCUUUUCGCUCAUGAACAUUCAAUUUUCAAUGGAUGGACGAAAGAAACAAGAUGAGAUUGGAGACCUUUCUGCAAUCCUGCAGGCUCUCUACAAUUUCGAAAUGGACUGUUCUAGUUUUUACAACUUUAUAUUAGAUAAGGAUGAGGUUUAAACAAUGGCUGGGACAAAAGCCAAAUAUCCUCAAUUUAAAUCCUAGACUAGAGAAAUUUAAUUUGUUGUGUUGUAUUAUGUUGUAAAAUAUGUAUAAAUAAAUAACUAUUCACUGCAAAAUUAUUGUUUUCGUUUAUGAUAUGCCUCAGAGUUUAAAUUAAAUUACUAAAGUGAAGGUAAAUUUUAAAAGAUUUCUGGGUCUCAAAAUAGUUAAAAUGAGCAUAUUUCAAUAAAAAGUUUCUGGCGGAGGCCCCCCCGGACCCCUCUUUAGCAGGAGGGUAUCCCCUCAAACAACCCUCCUUGGGUGUGUCCCGUUUUUUCCAGUUCAUCAUUUGGUCACCCUAGCCUAGGCCAGUGUGAGUGGUUGGCAAAUCGCGGCUUGUGAGUUUUUUAGCGACCUGCGUGCGGCUCGACCAGAUAGCCACAAAUCAGUUUUUGAGUUUGACAGGUUCUUGAAAAGAAAUCUGGUUCUAAAAAUGUUUAAGCGUCCGUCCUGCUUCUGGUCUCUGGAUUUUGACUAAUGAGUUCGCCAAUCACUGGUCUAGGCCAAUACUGGCACUUCUGAUACUGUAUUUGAAUAUUUAUAUUGUUAAUUAAUAAUAAUAGCCAAUUGUUGGAAAUAUAGUUUGAUAUUAGACUAUUAGUGCUGGUAUUUUACACUGGAGUAACUAUACAUUAUUUCUUCAACUUUUAAUUAAAUUUUAACAAAAUCAAACACAGGCAGAGGCAUUGGCAUUACCAUGGACUAAUUUUUCCAAGUUUACGAGUAUGGCAAAAGUGUUCACUUCACCAGGACUCAGACAGACAGCUUCUGUAAUUUCACUUAAAGCUUUCUCCCUUGCUAAUAAAGUUACAAAAAUAAAAAUGCCCGAGGAUCCCAGUGGAAAGGAAACUAGAGAAGUUCUACGUCUCUGGUGUUUUAACCUUUCAUACAUCUCUCGUACCUGGCAGUUUUUGAUACUGACAAGUUUAACAUUUGCCUUCUAUCUUGUAUAUGGAUACAUGCAAGUAGGUAAAUCCUAUUUUGUGCAGACAUAUUUUAUUUUUAAAUAAGAUUAAAUUCUCUGCUUAUAUAGAAAUCUAAAGAAAAUAUUUUUAUUUAGCAAUUUACAGAGUAACUCAUUAUAAAUUUUGUUCCAUCUUAUUGUAGGAGUUGAUUUUCAAACUGGAAGGUUUCAGACCAUUUGGAUGGUACCUAACUUUGGUUCAGUUUGCAUACUACACUCUCUUUGGAGUGGCAGAAUUACAGCUCAGAGAUGAUAAAACGCGCAAGUUAGCCAAUUUUCUUCCAUUUUAAUAUACAAUUAAAUAAUAAAUAUGGAAUAGAUUAUCAUUAAAAUUAAAGUCACCAUUUAUUUCAAAAUCAGAACCAGGCAGGAUAUUUAAAAAUCAUUUUGCACCAUUGGAAUUGGUGUCAAAAAACAAUUAUUAGUGGUUACACUAAGAGCUGUUCUGUUAGUGAGGUGUUCUUUUGAAAAAAAUAUACAGUAUAACCUGGUUAUGUUGACGCCCUCGAGGUUCCUCAAAAAGCGUCGAGAUAACUAAUCGAGAUAACUGAAAACCAAUAUGGCGACAAUAUAUUAACAUGUGCUUGAAAUUUCUUUAUGUACAUGAUGUGCGUUAAUAAAUGCAGGUACUUCAGUAAAAUAAAAAUAUAGUCAUUUAGAGCAUAUUUCAAAUUAAAAAAAUGAAACCAGAAUCAACUUUUUAACUUGAGUAACUUUUGAGCUAUGAAUUUUUAAAGUGCGAGUUUGUUUGGUAUUUUCUAACUACUAUGGAUAAAGCCUCCACAUUUUGUGACCUCAUUGACUAUAUAGUUUAUAUAAAGCAAUGCAUCCCCUUAUUACUAAAAUACUAUUUAGGGACUUCUUAUUUUAAAAUUUCAACUUUGGCACAUAACUAUUUAAUUAAAGCUUUCCCUUACCAAUGGUUUAAUAGCUUUUGCACACGGCCAACUCUUUUGAAUGAAACUCUGACAUAGUACCCCGGCAAAGCCAUUAUGCAAGUGACCGUGAAUGGCUGCCUAUGACAACGUUUUGCACGCAGCAAAUUAUGAUAAUUUAUAAUAUGGACUCUACAGGGGUUUUAAACCUUGAAUUAAAACAUAUUUAUUUAAAUUAAUUCUAGAUUCAUUCUAAAACACAAGUCCUGUAUUUUGAGAAAUAAAUAAUUAUUUUUAAUUAUGAAAAACCUCGUUUAUUUGUUGUUUGCUAUUUCUUCUUGCGGAGUUCAAAAGCGUACGAUUGGUCAUGGGGAUACAGAAAACUGAGGUUAAGUGGCAAAGUUGGCCGCCUUUUGUGCUCGAGAUAUCAGGGUUCGGUUACAUAAAAAAAUCGACGUAACCGAGGAGAAAAUGUUAAGACAAAGAGAGAAUUCUGCAGUUCCACUUCAAAAACGUCGACAUAACAGGGUUUGCGAGUUAACCGAGGUUGAAAAUAAGUGGGUUCGACUGUAUUAUCGGGAUCCAAGUUUUUAUUAUAUUUCUUGUUAUUGUGUCAUUCAUUUAUGAUUAUGUCUGGAUAUAUAUUAGCUGUACUUGAUCUUCUGAUAAAUUAAAAAACAUUUAUUAAAAAAAACUGGUUUCAGCUCACGACAAACCAGGAUAAAGCUAAAAAACUAGUACUGUCCUGGUAAAAAAUCAGUUAAAACUAAUGUAUUAAUUAUUACUCUUCAGGAUUCCUAUGAAGAUGUAUCUUCUACUUGCCUUUUUAACUGUUUCAACAAUGGGGUUAUCAAAUACAGCUGUAGGAUACUUAAACUAUCCCACACAAGUGAUCUUCAAAUGCUGCAAACUCAUACCCGUCUUAGUGGGUGGGAUUCUUAUACAGAGUAAAUUCUUAUUUAUACUCAUUAUAGAACAUAUAUAGUUAUAUAGACUAAAACACACAUUUUUCGUGUCUAUUUAAUUAAUCUUAUUUAUGCUCAAUGACAAUGUAUUAAAUAAAUAUUUAAAAAAAUUAAAAUGGAGUUGUUUUUUUAAUGUACCGGAUAAUAACUUGUACUAUCCAUUCAAAAUUAAAUAAACUUAUUUUUGUAAUUAAUAGUUGUGAUUGGAAUUUCAUACUGUCUCAAAAAUUUCUGAUAGGUAAAAGAUUUAGCUUGAUAGACAUUACAGCUUGUAUAUGUAUGAGUGUGGGACUGAUCUUAUUUACCCUAGCUGACAAUGCUGUAUCACCCAACUUCAACACCUAUGGUAAGAUGUUAUUACCAAAAAUGAGUACCGGUAAUGGAUUAUCCUUUCUUGAAGGCUAAAUUAACAAAUAUUAAAAUAAUUUCGAUUUUAAAAGAAUGUUGCUCUACUUAAACUUUAAUAAAUCUGUUUAAAGUUUGGACACAUUUUUAACUUUGUUUAUAUUUCUUUUAAGGGAUUGUACUAAUCUCUGUUGCUCUGUGUGCUGAUGGUGCUAUAGGAAAUGUACAGGAAAAGACUUUGAAGCAAUAUGGUGCAAGUAAUGGAGAAAUGGUACUGGUAUAAAUAAAAAUAAAGGAAAUUGGUGAUAUAUUAAAAUUAAAAAGUAGUUUCGUCUUUUUGUUUAACAGCAAAUUAUUCCAAGCUACUUUGUUUUCAUUUUAUAAAUAUUGACCUACACAAAAAUUUUGAAUAAUAAUUGGUGAGUAGUAAGAUUUUAUAAAAAAAAUACUAUUUUAUUUUUCUAAUGUACUGGUAGUUGGUUCAAUGAUUGGUGUGAUAAACUUAGUUAACUUAAGGCUGCAUUUAUUGUGUCGGUAAAGUCAGCUAAUCAUUAACCUACAUUUACAGUGGCUGCAAUCUUGACCUUGCUUUGAAAUAGCUUUUUUAGAAUUCAAUCUAUUUUGAAAGUGUAUUAAAUUCAUCUCUAAAACUGCAGCACAAUAAGAGCAAUAUAUAUAUUCUUAGUUUAUCUGUGUAUAUACAUUACUUUAUAUAGGUUCUAUAUUCCUACGGCAUUGGUUUCAUCUAUAUUCUGGCUGGAUUGGUCGCAUCGAAUAAUCUUUUACCUGCCUUUUCCUUUUGUCAACAGGUACAAAUAUUUCAAUUGUAAAUUACCUUAACAAAAUCUAAAGUUAAGUUUUUAUAUUGUUCAUUUAAAAAAAAGUCUAUUCACCCCUUCGACAGCUUCGCUCCUCCGCUGACAUGCGUAUUCUUUCUGUCCCCAAGACUUGCACAAAAACAUAUGGUGAACGAGCUUUCACUUUCUGUGCCCCCAAACAAUGGAAUUCUCUUCCAUUACACACCUUCAAUAUACCAACCAUUACAAAUGCACUCAAAACACAUCUCUUUAAACUCUACUAUCCCAACUGAUUCCCCCCUGACCGAUUAACGAUGCUGUUGUCCAAGGCUUGACACGUAAAUAGUUCUGGAUUGGGUGGAGUGAAUAUACAUAUCUUUUGUUUAAUUUAAUUAAUGUGUUAAUUAAUUUUUUUAAUUCAUGAUUAUGUUUGUUAAAUUGUAUGUACAGUGUGGUGAACCCAGCCUAGGGCUGGGGUACCACGCUAUAUAAAACCACUAAUACUACUAAUAAUAAUAAUUUAAAAACUGUAACUAUUGUUCCAAAGUACUGUAUAUAUAUAGAUAUUUCCUUAUUUGUUAAGCUUAUAAACCAUUUUUUUUCUGUACAAGCUUUAACUUUAAUGACCCAUUUUUUAUUUUUCAGUAUCCUAUUGAAACAUAUGGCUAUGCUGUGAUAUUUUCUGUGACAGGUUAUCUUGGUUUAUAUAUUGUUCUAACAUUGGUAACAUCUUUUGGUGCUUUAAUAGCUGUUACAGGUAAGAAGAAAAAAAAAAAUCAAUUCUUUUGACAAUACAGUGGAACCUCUCAUAAGAGUUUAAUUCGUUCCAGACUCUUACUCGUUAAGCGAUACACUCGUCAAACGAAACAAUUUUUUCCUUACAAAUCAAUGUAAAAUAGCUGCAAGAAUAUAUGUUUUCAGUUAGUCUAAGGCGACCCCUGGGAAAGGGCCACGCUACCCCCAAAGGGGUCACGACCCACAGAUUGAGAACCCCUGGACUAAUAGAUCGGCGAGGGAGCCCCAGCUCACAAAUGAAUGUCAGGAAAAAUGGACUUCCCCUUUUUGCGUAACUCGUUAUGUGAAAUAUCGCUCGUUAAGGGAGCAACUUCUUCACAUUUUUUUUGCUCGUUAUGCGAAUUACUCGUUAUAAGAGGUGCUCGUUAUGAGAGGUUCCACGGUAAAUUCUUUUAAAAAAGAAUAUUUUAGUUGAGAAAACUUUUGUCAUGUUAUUCAACAGAAAACAAAUUUUAACAGGAAAUAUACUUUUUGAAAUCAAGUUACAAUACAUGAUCACUUUAGUUGGUUUUAAGUUCUGAUGUUCUUACAUGGAGGUGGUUGAAAUAUAGCACACUUUAAAGUAUUAAAGUACAGGUACAAUGUUUAAAGAAAAUAUUGUUCAAAAAACGUAUUACUGCUACCAGUAUAACAAACUGAAAUUACUAACUAUUUAGAACCAAAAUUUUCAAAUGAAUAAUUAAAUUUAAAGAAUAUUUAUUUAUGGCUUCAACAAGACAAGAAUUUAAUCAGUUAUUACAAAGCAUUUUUUGUAGUUGAAGUUUUGGCAUCAAUGUAAGUUUUUAAAUUUCCAUCUUUUAAUAUGUAAUAACUAAAGGUAAAUCUGUGUUUUUUUUUCAGUUACAACAUGUAGAAAGGCAGUAACUAUUGUGUUAUCAUUUAUUUUUUUCACCAAGCCUUUCACACAUCAGUAUGUAUUGACAUUUAACAUUAAUAGAUUCCCAUUUUUUAUUAUUGGAAACAUGAGUAAAUGUUUGCUGCCUGUUUAAUUUGAAAAAGAUUGAUAUUUAAAAAAUAAAGUUGAUUCCUACUGAAUUAAAAGUAAAUCAUUAAUGUUUAUGUGUUAAUGUUAAAGUAGAGUGAAUAAUUUUAUCAGUGUUUUUUUUUUUGUUGUUUUUUUUUUCAUUAGAUAUCUGUGGUCAGGGUUGGUGGUAGUACUUGGCAUUUAUCUGAAUCUCUACAGCAAGAAUAAAACUAACUGGGAUGCUAAGAUAGUCCACCUGUUACAGAAGCUUGGUCUAUCCAAUAGGAGAAAAAUACUAGAACCAGAAAAUAUUGUUUGAGUUAUUUACAUAAUUUUAUGUGAUUAAUAUUAUUAAUAAUGUUUUCUUUGGUCAAACCUGCUGAUCUGAGUUUUUUUUUUAAACCAUUGACUUAGCUUUUAGAAUAGGGGUCUCAAACUCAAAUCAUCCGGGGGCCGCAGGAGGUAGAGUCGGAGUGAGACUAGGCCGCAUCAAGUUAAAAAAAAAAAGCGAAUUCAAAUUCAAUAAAGUACAACUGGUACAAUUGGCUCAAUCUUUAUUAAUAACAAAAUAAAACAUCAAGGGUUCUCAAGAACUAGGUUUCACUUUCUUACUCCUACUCCUUGUUGCCAGAGAUCUGGCAGCGCUUCUUACACAGCUGAGCAAUGCAACUGAGACCCUCAGUAUAUCUUGAAAAUGCUCAUCAAUAAGUUUGGCCCUGAACUUUGACUUGUUAAAGUUCAUAGUGGAAAAGAGCUUUUCACAAAGAUAGGUGCUCCCAAAAAAGGCACAUGAUCCGCUUUAACAACCUGGAAAUCUCAAGGCACGUGUAGAGCAAUGCUCUCAUAAAUUAUCCAUACUUGUAUUUAAAAGUGUUUUUCCACUCACCUCCCUGAACUUAGAAAUGCACUGAAGAUCAAUUAGUUCCAUUUGAAGAGGGGGGGGGGGGUUGCUGCAUCUUCCUAAUUGAAGGAGAAAUGGUCAGCAAAAAGUUGAAAAGUUGCUCUGUCUGUUUUGAAGUUGAAGUCUAAAAAUAUGUGAUCAAAUUCUUCCUGAAGCUUUCCAAUGGCAUCAGUACACUUACUACUGAAGGGUGUGCCCGAGUCCACGAGUACUUUGUAUAUUGGGAAAUGGCAGAGGUUGUUAAGAAUCAUAACACAAGUUUUGUGCAGAAUGCCCUGACAUUGUCAUUGGCAACAGUGACAAUAUACCCAUAGUUUUAUAACUUCUUAUCGAGUACAUUCAGCCCCUGUGUAAAGCCAACAAGAUUUUUUUAUCGUAGAAAAGGCCUUUUUGAUAACUCUAUUUUGAAAGUGACCAAGCUGACAGUCUCCGAAUUUCUCCAACUCGUAAACAUUAGCGGUAAAUGUAAUAGGGAUUCUUUAAUAGUAUUAAUAAUACUGUGUCAGAUUGCUAUGAUUUACACAAUUAUGGUUGUGCAUUACCCCACUAACUGACUUUUUAAACUUUUCUCAAAACCUCACUUUGGCCAUGUUUGUCUCAUAAAAUGCUAUGAAAUAAAAACUUAGUACGGUUUUUACCAUUAUAAUCAAUUUCCAAAUCUAAACGGGCCGCAAAAUAUCAUCUUGUGGGCGCAAAUGGCCGCCAGUUUGAGACCCUUGACUUGGAAGGAUUUAACAUAUGUCCAACAGAGACAUUUGUAUACAUUUGCUGAAAAUCUUGAGUACUGGUACAUAAAAAUCAUUAAGAAGUUAAACCCUAUAAUUUACUGAAUUAACAACUUAAGGCUAGUUUUGGCCAUUGUCAAGCCAUAAAGAACUAGCCAUUAUAUAUGCUGCCAUGCAAGUCCUUUGAACAAAAACAAAGAUAUAAAAAAUAUAAACUGGAAUAAUCAGCAUCAUCCUACAUUGCUAAAAUAAAUUUAACAUACCUUAACUCUUUAUCUCCGUACCGUACUUAAAAUGUCACCAACUUUAUGAUCUAUAUAAUACAAGAAUUGCAUGGAAAGUCAACCAAUCUCUGCAACAUUUUCCAAUGUUUCCAUAUUUUCUUUGUAUAAAUUACCUAACAAUAGAUUUUAAUUCUACCUUAGUUAAAACAUGUAGAAAAGUUAUUUGCAGUGGCAAGUGGGAUACAUAUGGUUAUGUUUUAUCAUGGACUUGUUUUUUUUUUUGGUAAUAAAAUUUGUGAAAUAUUCUAUUUUUUUAGUUAUUUGUGUUAUAUGUUUAAGUUAUAUUAAGAUAUUUAUUAAAAAUACAAUAAACAAAUAAGGUAAAACAGAUAUCAUGUAGUAUGAAAGAAAAUCAAUGUAUUCAUCAUCUUUUACUUUUUUUACACAUUUCAUUUC